AUCACAUGCUCUUUCCCCUUCCCUUUCGUCAACCGCAACAGAGAAUUAAACUAUCAGAAGAAGCAAAUUAAAAGCAAAAUUCAGGAGUUAUGUUGAAUCGUCUCCCGCUAAACUCUCAUCAGAUUUAAACGAUGAAUCUCUUCCUCUUCUUAUUCUUCUUCUCUCUUCUUUUUUCUUCUUUUUUCGAUCUCUCUUUCGCCAGAGGCGGCUUUCCCAGCUCCAUUAAUGUUUCAGGUGUUGUGAAUGGUAGCUUUGCAGCUUCAGCUAGACAUUUGUUUGCAGAUAAUCAAGUUUCUUUCGCUGAACAAGUGCACUUGAAAAGACUGGAAGAAUUAGCGAAAGAUUAUAUGUCAAAUUCUGAUCUUGAGAAUGCUAUCAUGUCAUUGAAUCGUAGGUGCAGUGGGAUAUCCAGAGUGUACAGCAUUGGAAAGAGUGUGCGGGGAGUUCCAUUGUGGGUGAUGGAAAUUUCUGACAAACCAGGCAAGGAAGAGGCUGAGCCUGCCUUUAAGUACAUUGGCAAUGUGCAUGGAGAUGAGCCUGUAGGUCGUGAGCUUCUAAUUCUUCUGGCGAACUGGCUUUGCGAUAAUUAUAUGAAGGAUCCCUUGGCUACCCUGAUUGUAGAUAAUGUUCAUCUUCACAUACUCCCAUCUAUGAAUCCAGAUGGGUUUUCAUUGAGGAGGCGUGGAAAUGCAAACAAUAUUGAUCUGAACCGAGACUUUCCUGACCAGUUUUUUCACAUGAAUGAUGAUCCUGGUGCACAUCAACCUGAAACAAAAGCCAUCAUGCGUUGGUUGGAGGAGAUGCGCUUCACAGCAUCUGCUAGUUUGCAUGGGGGAGCACUUGUAGCAAAUUAUCCAUGGGAUGGAACAGAGGACAAAAAAAAGUAUUAUUAUGGCUGUCCAGAUGAUGAAACAUUCAAAUACAUGGCUAGCAUCUACAGUCGUUCCCACCAUAACAUGUCUCUAAGCGAGGAGUUUCCAGGAGGAAUUACAAAUGGUGCAUAUUGGUAUCCAAUCUAUGGAGGCAUGCAAGACUGGAAUUACUUGCAUGCUGGUUGUUUUGAACUGACUCUAGAGAUUAGUGAUGACAAAUGGCCUAAUGCGAGCGAGCUUCCUACUCUUUUUGAGUACAACAAGAUGAGUAUGCUAAAUCUUGUUGCAAGCCUUGUAAAGACAGGAAUACAUGGAAGGAUUUUCUCAUCAGAUGAGGGCAGGCCUUUACCUGCCUCAAUAGCUAUAAAAGGGUUAAAUUCCAUGAUACAUGCAAGGGAAACGUUAGCCGAUUACCACCGCUUGCUGGUGCCUGGGGGAAAAUAUGAAGUGAUAGCGACAAUGCCAGGAUAUAAGUCGAGGAGCACGAGCAUUAUGUUGGGGGAAGAAGCAAUGACAGUGGAUUUUGUUAUGGAUCCAGUUAUCACUCCCAUAAAUAGCUUUUUGCAAAGGGGAUGGAGUUGCAGCUUGCCAGGUCCUCAUUUAGAAGUUUUAUUCAUUUUGGUUUUGGUAUUAGUUUCAGUAUUCCUCUGCUUUUUAUUGAAGAGGAAAGUAGUUUUAAACUAUCCGAAACAAAGACAGACAAAAAGGCCUGUUCUUGGGGUAUGAAGUUUAGCACACACGUUUUCGCGUUACGAUAUGAUAUUUGUAAGACUGAAAAAAAAAUAUAUAUUUAUGUUACUACUAGUGAAAAAAUUGAACAUUUUUACCCUACAGUU